AGAUAUGUGCAACACGCAGGAGCAGUUCUAGCUCUGAAAAAAAGAAGAAAGAAAGAAGAAGAAGAGGAAGAAAAAAAAAAGGCCGACCUCUUCUCCAUGAAUUAUUUCUUAUUGCGGUUCACUCCCACGGCCACGGAGCGUCUGACCCGCGAACGCGCCUGUGCUAUCGGGGGCGCGCGCCAAUCAUGCCUCAUCCGUCGCUCGCGUCGCCGGUGUCGGAGGAGAGACGAAGAAGAAAUCCAGCCUUUGGGUAGAAUUACGCGCUCUCUCAGCGCUCCUGCUGUCGCGCGACCGCCUUGCUUCGUGCUGAACAAGCUCACGUUUUCUUUGUUAAGAUUAAAAAAAAAAAAAUCAAACUCGACGAUUUGUGUUUUUCUCCAGUCCCUCUCGUCAGUGAGUCAAAGAGGACAAGAAGACACAGGAGUACAGCUGUGGCGAUGAGGUGUUCAGGGGCUCAUCCCUCAGCUCGCAGGUCAUUCCUUUAACUUGCUCAGUUCGGGGAUGUAGACGCUGGGAAGACACGUUCACGGACCUGAGCCGAUGUGACUCAACGAGAGUGUUUUCAUCCCCUCCCCCGGAACAAUGAGCCCGCUAGGAGCCUGAAACGUGCCGUGAAAGUCCUCGAGUAUGAGUGCCUGUGCAUAUUUGCUGUCUGGUGUCAUAUUCUGUAAGUGGAUACUGGAUGAUCAUUACACAGAAUACGAAAGCCUUGGCCUUGUAAGGGAACUGGCUCGGCUCUUCCAUCCUCCCCUCUGACAUCCCACUGAGUCGCACCGCUACCGCGUCCUUUCCCUGCUGUGGCCACCCCAUGGAGAGUGCACGCCCACCAAGAUAGGAUGCCUGCCUCGCCUGAAGCCCUGCAUCCCCUCCUGCCCAUCACCACCUCUUCCUUCUCCUCGUGUGUACCUGCUCUUGCCGACAGUUCCUUGCAGCCCCCCAGGCUCUGCCCUUCCCCGCUCCAACAUGGUGGAUGAGGUAACCACCAUGAAGGAUGAUGUCAUCAACGCCAACACGCUGGCUUGGCUGGUCUGCUCGGGGGUAUCCAUCCUGGCCAACACUUGGAGCAUCCUUAGCGUCAGCGCCAAGCAGAAAAAGUGGAAGCCGCUGGAGUUCCUCAUCUGCACGCUGGCGGGCACGCACAUCCUCAACAUGGCCAUCCCCAUCACCAUGUACUGCGUGAUAACGCUUCGCCGGCAGCACUCCAACUACGAGUGGAACGAGGGUCUGUGCAAGGUGUUUGUGUCCACCUUCUACACGCUCACGUUGGUCACCUGCUUCUCCGUCACCUCGCUCUCUUAUCACCGCAUGUGGAUGGUACGCUGGCCUGUAAACUACAGGUUGAGCAACACCAAGAAGCAGGCGGUGCACACAGUGAUGGGCAUCUGGAUGGUCUCUUUCAUCUUGUCCACGCUUCCAGCAGUGGGCUGGCACGACACUAUCGACCGCUUCUACACCUCUGACUGCCGAUUCAUUGUGACUGAGAUCGGACUGGGCUUCGGCGUUUGCUUUCUGCUGCUGAUCGGCGGCAGCGUGGCCAUGGGUGUGAUCUGCAUCGGCAUCGCUCUCUUUCAGACCUUCUCCAUUCAGGCUGGCCACAAAGCAGACAAGAACAAGUUCAACGUCCCGACCAUAGUGGUGGAGGACGCCCAGGGGAAGCGCAGGUCGUCCAUCGAUGGAUCAGAACCUCUCAAGACGUCGCUGCAGAUCACCUACCUGAUCAGUGGGAUCGUCUUUAUCUAUGACUUCCUGACUGGCUUCCCCAUACUGGUGGUGAGCUUUGCCAGUCUGAAGUUUGACCGCUCCUACAACUGGAUGGUGCUGUGUGUGCUGUGGUGCUCCAUCGCCCAGUCCAUCCUGCUGCCCAUGUUCCUCUGGGCUUGUGACCGCUAUCGGGCUGACAUCCGCAUGGUGUGGGAGAAGUGCGUCGCCAUCAUGUCCAACGACGACGUGGACGAGGAAAACAGCCAAGAUGGAGGAAUUCAUGCUGACUUAAUAUAUGACAGACCAUAUGACUAUAGCUCGGCGCCUGAAAUCGUGACGGUAGACCGUAAUGCCAAGUAUGAGUUCUCAACCUUAGAAAGGGGGGUUCCGCAAGGGUAUCCAUUGAGGGAACAACAGGAAGAUAAAAUGCAGUAUUUGCAGGUGCCCCCUACAAGAAGAUACUCCCACGACGAAACCGACAUGUGGACCAGCGACCGGAUCCCCUCAUACCUUCACCGAUGGGGCUCCACCGAGGACAUGAUAGUGAGUGCCCACUACAGCUCCACCUUACCGCGCCACGAGAGGCGCAGGAGCAGCCUGGUCUCCUACCACGAGGAGAGCCACCAUCACCAUCACCCGCACCGCAAGCGGCGACGCUCUGAGGAUAGUAUGCACUCCCUCAAGCACCUGCCGCGUGUGGUCUGUGGCGGGGAGCGCUACGAGGACGAGCUGCGGUGUUUCAGCCGCGACGAGGUGAUAAACUUUAUAGAUGAGACGCCGCUGCCGAGCCCCAGGAAGAGCCCGCGGCGCACAUCCACCAUCUCACUUAUCCCCAAUGUGUAUGAACAGCAGACAGUCAUCCUUCCUCACUUCCCUCUCACAGACUUUGAGCGUGAGCCUCAGGCGCUCAGGCGGCUGUCAGAGCACAAAAGGAGCAGCAGUCGGGGCAACUCGCCUGAGGGUUCCCCCAAACCAGACAGACCUGUUGGAAAGAAGAGCCCCGGAGCCUGUGGCUCUGGUAAAGGCUGCCCGGAGCGCCCACGAGAUGGGAAACAUCAGUGUGAAGGUGGCUCACCCGGGCGCAGCCAGCAGACUCCGGGGCACUCUAGGCCAAGGACAGGCGGUGGAGCCGGGGCUGGUGCUGGAGCUGGAGCUAACUGGGGGUCUCAGAAGCACCUGAAUAAAGGCGAGAGUAAAGGAAGCACAAACAGUUUUGUAAGCACGCCUUCGGUAUCGUCCUCGGGAUACAUCACGUUUCACUCUGACUCUGUCGGCUCCGCAACCUAAAAGCAAGCUUUUCCUAGUUAAUAUCAACAUUAUGACUGAAGUUAUUAUCGACAUGAAAAUCACUGGAAUUUUCUUGCUUAUGGGAAAGUGACCUACUGGAUUAUUUGGCCUUUUUACAUGUGCCAGUUUUUUCUUUUACUAUAAAUACCACCAAUACUUGCUAUGCUAAAUGGCUUUGGGAGCUUUGGACAUCAUUUCUGAGUGGGCCUAACUUUGCUUUCAUAUGUUGGCUGGUGAAAGGGUAUGGUGGUCCUUUUAUUCAGCUUUCACGUCACAAGAUAUCCACUGAUAUUUUUUUUUUUUGUCAGCACUGACACAAACCUGUUUUUAAAUAGGGUGAACAUUCCCACGCCUUGUUUUUUGCUGUUUGAUGUUGUUUUUAAUGAAAUGCUCAAAGAAUUGGAGGAGUUAGUUGUUAGGGCGGUGUUCCUUUCUUUCUUUUGCACUUAAGAACUUGACGUUAUUAUUUGGCCUGUAAUGACUGUGUGUUUUGUUGUAUGGACACAUUUGCUUUCAAACCAAACUUUCCUGAAUACUGCCCUUUUACCUUGAGAUCGACACAUUAUACAUAUUUGUUUUAUUUUGAUCAUGAUGUACAACUUUUCUAUUAACAUUGUUAUUCACAACACGUGAAACACUUUUUUUCAAGCACCCCAUGUUGAAGUAAACUGAGAGUGGUAAUCCCAAACUCUUAAAUGCCUAGUUUUACAGUUACUGUGUGAGAUAUUGAGAUAUUACGUGAAGACCCCUAAAUUCUUAUUGAAAAUGUGCAGUCAGUUUUAAAGAUUGACAUCUCAUGUAUAUAUGAAGGAUAAUGGAUUUAUGGGCUUGGUGUACUUUUCUGUUUAAUGAGACCUUUGCUCAGUACAUUUUAUCCCAGUUUUUAUUAUUUCAAUGUUUGUGUUAUCUUGGGCAUCAUCAGGCACAACAGUUGCUUAUUACACUGGAUAUAUCCACACAGAACAUCAGACCAAUACAGCAGGUAAUGGUGCUUUGUCCUCAUCAAAUGAGCACGUCAGCCUGACCUCACCCUUUAAUUUGUGUCAGUAAUGUGUUAGAAGCGCCAUUUUUUUGUUUGUUUUUAAAGAUUUUUCUAAAAGAUAUUAACUGGUCCAAACGUAGAAUAAUCACAGAUUGUCAGGCUGACUAUACACAGCAUAACUGUAAUGCUGGUGUAACACCUAAACCCACAAAACAAUAGCAUGAAUUAGGAACAUUGUAAUUUGAAUGAAAAUGUAACAUAAUCCUUCAUAAGACUGCGAACGGUGCUAUUCUGUGAGGUUAUUCAAGUGUGAAGUGACUUUUUUGUACCUGAUGUGUCGAAGUCCCAUGAAGUAGCCUAAUGUUAAUCAAAAUGUUAGCAUUCCCGGCGCCUCAGUAAGGGAUACUGUGGGAAGUUUAAGUUAGGUGCAUUAAUUUUUUCAUAAAUAUAAUUUGGACAGAGAAUGUGAUUAUUUCACAUUAUAGCAAAGUGUAAAAGUUCAAGAACACAAACUGUGUUACUAAAUUAUCAGUGAAAUGCCCUAUAAAUGUCCCAUAACUGCCAUUCAGCACUCUCACUCAAAGUGGAUGAUGAAGAGUGAAUUUAACAAUGGAGCUAAUUUUACAAAGUACACUCUUAAAUGGUCAAGUAACUUUUCAUGUGAUAAUUAUCUGACUGAAA